AUGGUGAAGUUGAGUACUACCGUUACCCUCGCCCUUGUUGCAGGGGCAAGCGCAUUUGCCCCACAAGCAUCCGUCCCCAUCCGAUCCGAUGUCUCCCUUGACAUGGCCAAUGGAUCCAAGCGCAAGGCUUUGAGGAAGCACCUCGGUAAGGUUGCCGGUGCAGCUGGUGCCUUCGCUUUGGCAACCACUGGUGCUGCACCUGCCGCACACGCCGCAAAGCAGGUUGUCGAGACUGCCGACAACACCAAGCAACUUAUUGCCGCAGGAGCCGCCGUUAUUGGUGCUGGUGCCAUUGGAAUGAAUGUCUUGGGAGGAGAAAAGAAGCAAGACUUCCUGGAAGCCAAACCUUACUAUGAUCAAUCUACUGUCCCAGUCAACACUCACAAGAACAAGGCCCCUUUCACAGGAAAGAUUGUUUCCACCAAGCGUAUCGUUGGACCAAAGGCAACGGGAGAGACUUGCCACAUCAUCAUUGACCACGAAGGCGACUUUCCCUACUGGGAGGGACAAUCUUGGGGAGUUAUUCCACCAGGUAACCGCGAGAAGGAUGGAAAGCCCCACUCGGUCAGACUUUAUUCCAUUGCUUCUUCCCGAUAUGGUGAUGACAUGACCGGAAAUACUGGUUCUCUUUGCGUCCGCCGUGCUACCUACUGGUGCCCAGAGCUCAAAGCUGAUGACCCAGCUAAGAAGGGAGUCUGCUCCAAUUUCUUGUGCGAUACCCAACCUGGUGAUGAGAUAAAGAUGACUGGACCCGCCGGAAAGGUUAUGUUGAUGCCUGAAGAAGACCCUACCACUGAUUACAUCAUGGUUGCCACUGGAACUGGAAUCGCUCCUUACCGUGGUUUCAUCCGCCGUUUGUUUUUCGAGAAGACCCCUGCUGCCGACGCUUACAAGGGCGAAGCUUGGUUGUUCCUUGGUGUUGCCAACUCUGACGCUUUGUUGUACGAUGACGAGUUCCAAGAGGCUAAGAGCAAGUUCCCCAAUAACUUCCGCUUGGACUAUGCUCUUUCCCGUGAGCAAACCAACAAGUCUGGAGGUAAGAUGUACAUUCAAGACAAGGUCGAGGAAUACGCCGAUGAGGUCUUCAACAAAUUGGAGAAAGGUGCCCACAUCUACUUCUGUGGUUUGAAGGGAAUGAUGCCUGGAAUUCAAGACAUGCUUAAGGGUGUCGCCGAGAAGAAGGGUCUUGACUACGACGAGUGGCUCAAGGGCUUGAAGAAGGCCAAGCAAUGGCACGUUGAGGUCUAUUAG